UUUUUAAUUCUCUACACUCAAGCAAUUUAAAUUGGAUUAUAUUCAUGAUUUGUGGGGUAAAAUCUGCUGUACACGUCACUGGAAUUAAAGUGUGCAUAAUUCUUGCAAGAUGCGGUUCCUCGUCUCACUGUGCAUACGCCUUCCGGUCCACUAUUAAGUGUCAUUCUCGCUUGCAAACACGUAGCCGACCCCUGGAUGCGAACACCGUCUACCGCUAGCAAACGCGAUGAAUGAUGAAAGCGAAAUAACAGAGCACCACGACGACGAAGAAAUGGAGAAGACAAACACGCCGAGAAACAUUUCACAUUCCUUUUCGGGGAGCGUCACGCCGUCCGAAAGGGGCGGCCACAGUAGUACGCAGUCUUCGCACCGUCUCCUAGCGUACAGUGAUGCGCUCAUCUCUAUCAUUGCCACUGUCAUGAUAUUACCUGUUGCCCAUACAAAAUUUCAAGACAAUGAGGAACUGAAGGAGAGUAUACAGAUGCUCCUCACCACUAAGAUUGCAGUGUACUUGAUGACAUUUGUGAUUGUCACAGUUGCUUGGGCAGCCCACAUAAGGUUGUUUCAAGUCAUCGAACGUAUUGACGACACCCUCGCACUUCUCAAUCUGGCUUGCAUGAUGCUGAUUACAUUUCUGCCGUACACGUUCUCGCUGAUGGCAACAUUCCCAAACAACACCCUUGGAAUUCUCCUCUUCUGUGCCUGCGUUAUUGUGAUAGGCCUCAUCCAGGCCGUUAUCGUCCUGUAUGGAUUUAGCUGCCCUUUCCUCCUGAAUGAACACAUUCAGAUGUCAGAGAAUCGGGCCUAUCACAGACGCCACAUCCUCAAAGUCAUUAUGAGGGUCCCUGUAAUGUGUUUCUUUGCCAGCAUCUUUUCCUUCAUCUUUUUCCAACUGUCCUAUAUUCUGCUGGCCAUUGUCAUAUUCAUGCCCUAUAUUUCUCAGUCUUUGAAGUGGAUUCGGAAUAAAGCCAUCGGCAGCCAGGAAGAUGACACUCCAGACUCUAUGCUGCUCUAUACAUACCACCCCAAUGAACCACUGAGCAAAGAGCGCGUCGAGGCUUUCAGUGAUGGCGUAUACGCCAUUGUAGCAACUCUUCUCAUCUUAGAUAUAUGCGAGGACAACGUGCCGGAGCCGUCACGGGUGAAGCGGGAGUUCGGCGACAGCCUGGUGGCGGCGCUCCGGGAGUAUGGCCCUGAGUACCUGGCCUACUUUGGCUCCUUCGCCACCGUGGGCCUGCUCUGGUUCGUCCACCACUCGCUUUUCCUGCACGUGACACGCGCCACACGGCUCAUGGGUCUCCUCAACACCUUUUCGCUGGCGUUCGUGGGCGGACUGCCACUGGCCUACCAGCUGACCCAAGAGUUCCCCCAUGGCUCACGGAACGAGCUGGAGGCCAUUCAGAUCAGCUGCGUCAUCGUCUUCUUCGCGGGCCUCUUCCAGCUGGCCAUGUGGGUGACGGCGCUGUUCUCCGAGCGCGAGACGCUGCACCCGUAUGUGCGCUAUGGCGGCCGCGAGCAUGCCUUUAUGCUGGCCAAGCUGGCUCUGUACCCAUGCGUGGCGCUCGUUACCUUCUUCUCCACCUGCCUGCUCAGCCGAUUCAGCGCCUCCAUCUUCCAUGUGAUGGAGAUCGCCGUGCCCUUCGCCUUCCUGGCGCUGAGGCUGCUGGUACGGGUGGCGCUGGCCGUGCUCAGGUACCUGUUCUGCCCUGACAGGGCUGCCGCAGGAGACGCACUGGUGGAAGAGGAGGACUUGCGAUUGCCCUUCAGUGAUGUCGUCACCUAGUGGGCAGGAGGUUGGCGCUGGGGCCCGGGGCCCCGGCCCAGUCUCACAAAGGACCUGAGAAUGCUGCCAUGAAUUCUUUUCUGGCAAAAAAAAAAAAAAAAUUGCGAAUAUUUCAAAUCAUUCUCAAUCCAGGUCAGAUAGCAUAGCCAUAAUGUUUUUGUUUUCUUUUUUUUUAUGAAUUGCCAGAAAAAUUGACAUAUGACUAAUAAUGUGACAAAAUCUUAGCCUUUGUAUAUGCAUCAAUUGUAACUGACUUUCAUGAUUUUUGGAGUUUUAAAAAGUUAUAUUUAUACAGCACUUUUGGAAAAAGGUUUACAAAGUGCUUUACAGAAGGACACCACAGAGAUAAAAUGAAUCAAAUAAGUUAAGAUAAAACAGAAAACAAAAUAUAAAGCAAAUAACAGUAAGGGAAUUAAAUUCAAUUCAAAUAUAAUUAAAAGGUAAAAAAAAAAAAAAGAAAAUAAAGUGGAUCCAUAAAAUAGUUUCUUAGUUAUGACUGUUCCAAGUCCUGAAGAACUUAGACCUUCUUUGGACACAACUCCACUCUCUAAAACUGACAUCUUAGAACUUUUACGCACUUGUCGUUAUGGAGCAAGACUGCACUACACUUUGUGAAUAAAGGCCCUGAUACUGGACAUAGAAACAUAGAAGUAUUAUAGCAAAAAAGCUAUUUUGUUGGGUCACAUAGGAAUGGAGUCAUCGUAAAACCUAUGACUGCUAAAUCCAGCCUAGCCUUAACUGUUCCUACUGAAUUUUAAAAAAUGUUAAGCAGCGAGGUAUUUCCGUCCACUAUUGUGGUAAGGCUGUGCUGUAAAAAGGAUCUAAUCUAGAAUUAAGCACUUUCUUCAUACUUCUGAUGUCAGUUUUAAAUAAUGUCCAAGGUAGCGAAUUGUAUGAUGCAACUUCACCAUAUAAUUGUCUCAUUCAUAGACUUUAUCCAUGGGUAUAAUUUGGAUAAACAUCAUAGCCAUAAACCAGGACCACAGCAGAGGGUCAAUGCCUUCACACUGUAAAUAGGCUCUAACUACUUGCAAAUUCAACUAGUCUGGUUCCCGAUAUUUUGACUUUUACAAUAUGCUGCAACAUGUUUUGACCUUAUCUUCCUUAGAUUAAAUUAAAUGUUAGUUUUUCCACAUUCUUCUCACUCCAGUGACAUUUUUAGUACAAAGUUAUUAGGUAUUCAAUUUUAAAUCAUUUGGUGUAAACAUUUUUUUUUCUAGGCACUCUCCUUACUCCAAAGAGCUGUAAACAAUGACAUUGAGUCAUUUCUAACCAUUUUUUAUUUCCUCAGUAUGAAUUAUACAAAUUAUUCUAAGAAAAUUCCAAAAUUGGCAGAUUCAGAUUGUUCCAUUUCUCGCUGUCAGCACUGAGUACUUUUCACCGUUACCAACACUGAAGAACGCACACCGUCACUGUUGAAGAGCGCAGUGGCUAAACCCAACAACAUACACCCAUCUCUGAUGUAACAAAAACAUGCACUUCAUGUGAUACCACUGCAAGGCACCUUAGAUCAUUCAGCGAUGCCCCCCUGCACAUUACCCAAGACCCUGAACAGGCUUGCUACUGCCUCAUCAGUUUCAGCUUAAGGCGUUGGUUGUUGAGCUUCCCUUAGUUAUGACUGUUGUCCCUGUCACAGUGUUCCUAGUACCCCACCCCACCACCCAUGUGCAGAGGCGUCGUAGUAGUGCAUCCAUCACGUCCCAUUACUGUGGAUAAGUCAAGGUCCUCGGCCCAGCCGAGCAAUGGUCGCCGUUCCUCAAAACUCCAGCGUGCGCUCCGUUUGUCUGGCCUACUGACACAUGAAUGUAUAAGGGACAUCUAAAAACGUGCAAGAUAAACCGACACACAUGAACUUUAUCCUUGAAAUAAUAAAGUUGGAAAGCUUCUGCUUGCUGAAGUAUUUGUUUGUGGUUUUUGUGUUUGACUGACCCUGUGGACGAGCAGAUGCAAAAAAAACAACAAGCAGAAGCAUGUAAAGGGAAGAAAUUUAGAUUUUAUUCACCUUCAACAGUAAUAAUAACAAUAAUGAUAAUAUUCAGAGCAAUAAUAAAAUUAUCAAGUUCAUACAUUUUGUUUGACUGCUUUAAGUUGCCCCCAAAACAAUUAUUUGGUUUUUGUAUUUUUGGUGAAAUUCUGAUUGUUAUAUAUUCCCCAUUUGAAACAUAUAUAGUAAUAUUAUAAAAUCUGUAAAUCAUAGUCUUAAAUAAUUAUUAAAAGGAAAGAACAAUGAAACCCCAGUUUUUUUCUCUUAUAAUUAACUGAGCUGAACUCUGCUGUCCCACUGUUGAAUGGGAAAAGCUUGUUCAGAAUUACAUCUCGCAGAAUGUAAUAUGUGCAAUACGUUAUUUUAAUAAAACAAGCAUACAAACAACCAAAAAAACCCAUUACAAUUCUUGUAGCCGCACAACAGGCUCAGCUGCUAGCUUUUAAGCUGCAAACACCUGACUAAAACAUUGUCUUUUUUUUUUUUUUGGUCUGACGGAAUUAAAUCUGUGAGACAUGCAGCGUUCAUACAUGGUCACAAAAGGUCAAGGGCAAAGGGGAGUUUAGCCAUGACACCAAUGAGGUUUAAGGGGCUGGAGACAUGACGGAACACGAAGGGGGAAGUGGGUAAACCACCUGCAGAGAGGAAUGACCAGACACCGCCUGCCUCAUCAGGACAGUGUCCGAAUCGCCACGCAGCCACUCAUUCAAGGUAAACACAUCUGGUCCCAAACUCCACUAAGGCGAGAUUUCUAGAUUUCUAGGGCAAAGUUCACUGGACAGGAUUAAUUGAACAAGCCCAGUAACGGGUUUUUCCCCCCUCUUCACUCAAGACCAUGAAAUAGUGCUCAAAUGGUAGUGAAAGGGUUUUGAACACAUGUAUGCUUACAUGUCUAUAUUUUUCAGACGUCAGAACAAUAGUGUAUAAUUGUUUAAAAAUUAGUUAGUGGAUAUGUCAAAGGACUAUUCCUUAAACAAUAAAGUGCACAGCCUGUCAGACUUCGUACGUUUGAUGUGAACUGUUUCUGUUAAUGUUUAGGUGAUAUUAAUUAUGGGUGUUAUUAUAAAAUAGGAUUAACUUUUUUAAGCGUAUUUUUGAUGGGAUAUUCAGAUCUGUUCCUGUAACGCAAUAGUACUAGCAAAUGAAUUAACAAAUUCAUGUUCAAAGAGCUUCAUACAGUAUCUCCAAAAAAAAAA